GACUUCCUGUAAUUUUUUAGUAGUACUGAGCGGAAGUAUGGAAGAUACAGUAAUGAAAUUUCAGCCCGUAACUCAUGUUAUUUUCGACAUGGACGGGCUCUUGCUGGAUACAGAAAGACUGUAUACAGUUUCAUUUCAGGAGAUCUGUGAUCGUUUUGGAAAGAAGUAUACAUGGGAAGUUAAAUCCUCAGUAAUGGGCAAGAAAGCAUUAGAAGCUGCUAAAAUAAUACGAGAUUCCCUGGAGCUCCCAAUGACCGCUGAAGAACUUUUAGAAGAAAGUCAGAAAAAACAAGAAAAAUUAUUUCCUUCAGCUCAACUGAUGCCAGGAGCUGAAAAGCUGAUCCACCAUCUGCACAAACACCACAUUCCCAUGGCUGUCGGCACCAGCUCUGCGAGAGUGACAUUUGAAAUGAAAACAAGCAGACACAAAGAAUUUUUUCAUUUGUUUAAUCACAUUGUGCUGGGAGACGACCCCCAAGUAAAGAAUGGCAAGCCACAUCCUGAUGCUUUUCUGGUCUGUGCUGAAAGAUUUAACCCACCACCUUCCCUGGAAAAGUGCCUGGUGUUUGAAGAUGCUCCAAAUGGUGUCCUUGCGGGUCUGUCUGCAGGAAUGCAGGUUGUGAUGAUCCCUGAUGAAAAUCUCAACCCAGAUCUGACAAAAGAAGCUACCUUAAUCCUGAAGACAAUGGAGGACUUUAAACCAGAACUGUUUGGUCUUCCACCUUACAACUGAGCUAACAUGUUUCCAGCUAAAUAUUCACAUAUCACUCCAAACCUGCAUACAACCCAGAUGUUAAUUAUUCUUAUGAUACUCAUAUUUUGUGUGUAAAUACAUAAUGAACAUCCUUUCAUUGGAUUCACAUUGAUUUAUCAGAUGAAUAAAGGGUUUUAAUACUAA